AUGUGUGAAGUCAUCCCCCGUGAUGUCACCAACUCAGAACUCCACGAGGUUGUCAACAAACAGAUCCCGGAUUCCAUUGCUAAGGAUAUUGAGAAGGUGUGCCACGGCAUCUACCUUCUGACGAAUGUCUGCAUUAGGAAGUUUACGCUGUACCUACACCUACAGCGAAUGUUGACGUUUCACGUCCGUUGCUCCAUUACUAACGACAACGUCUACCUAUUGUGUACGAAGACGGCAAUGAAUGUAAUCCUAAACUGGUACACGUGA